UUUGUUGAAUGAAUGCAAUGAACGCAUGUUUUGUGUGUUUUUCGAUGUUUUGUUAAUUGCUUUCAAAUCGCAAACUAAUCGACUAAUGAUUUAAUCUUCCGUUGGAUCAACUCUGUCACCAAAAUGGCCGACAAAUUAUCUCAACUAUACGACAAUUACAACCAAUUGGACGCCGCGAAGGACAACAUCACUCAAUUCGAGUCCUCGUAUUUGUCGAUAUUAUCGGCGGUGAAGGGCAGCCCUCAGGAGAAGCAGUUGUGCUCUCAGUUCAUCUCCAAGUUCUUCGUCCACUUCCCCAACCAUUACGACACA